CCGCGUUUAAUUAAUUAAUUACAGCGAUUAGCCCGUCGGGGUCCGAGCGCCUGCCGCCUAGGGGUUCCCCCACUGUCUCAGGCUGCCUGCCGGAAGAACUAUGAUCCUUGUUUACCCCGAAGGCGGCAACAGCCCGAGUUUCGCCCACUCCUUGUCCCCUCUAUUGUCUUCACCUCUCGGUGUUCGGCAUCCAUAGCUUCAGGGUACUCCAGCUGCCCAGCGUCUUCAGCGAAAGCCAUCACAACAAGCCAACAGUGGAUGUGUGCGCGCCAGUGUUGUAUCGCCCAUGACUACGAGACCCACCUGUUUGCAUGUUCAUGACGAGCCAACAGCGCGUGUUGAAUCGUAAACUCUAUUGCUAGCCCAAGCCAUGGCCGACAAUGGUCAGGGUGACGCGGAGGAGCAGGUCUCAGUCGACCAGCUCACCCCGGAAGAAGCCAAUCGCAUCAUACAUUCUCAUCGAAAGGUGCGCUACGGUACUGCGUGCUGGCCCUGCCGGCAGCGCAAGGUGAAGUGUGACAACAAGCAGCCUUGUGAGAACUGUGUCAAGAGAGAGCACCCACAGCUAUGCUCGUACAAACCCAAUCGCUCCUCGAACGGCAAGAGCACGUCGGUCUUACCAGACACAAUCAUCGGGAAGAAGCGAGCGCGGUCGUUCUCGGAUGCUCGGGAAGCCAGUAGAAAGGUUGACCGACAAGAUAGCUGGCCUAGGACAAUGGCUAGUCUUGAGGAGUCAGAUGCCGUACCGGACCGGUACAUGGGUCAGAACAGUAUACCUGCGCUAUUGCGCGAACAGUCAUCGCCGACAGAUAGGAUGGACCGCGUCGACAUUCGGCAAGACAUGCGGCCGAUUCUAGGAUUGGAAACAUCAGCUCCUUUUCCGCUCAUGUCAUCGCAGCACCUUAAACGAUUGGCACAGGACAUCUCGACAGAGCUGCCGUCUGAUAGGGAGGUCUGGAAGCUCUUCCACACCUACAAAGACAUACCGCAGCCUUUCUGGGGAUUUGUAAUCGACAUUGAUGAUUUCGAGGCGAAGCUCUUGGUCUAUCUCGAAGACCGGUCACGCAAUGCGACGUCUGCGACCAAGUCCACGAGUCGCGUCACCCCUUCAUGGCUAGCUAUCCUCUUCGGCGUUCUGGCCGUGGCCUCCCAGUAUCAGGAGUCGCCUUACCAUGUCCGCACGAGAGACUCGCAAAAGUACAUCCAGACUUCGUUCCACUUUCUGCGGAUGGGCAAUUUUUUGCUCAGACCGUCAUUUGACUCGAUACAAGCUCUGCUGCUAACCAAUUUUGUUCUCCUGAACGACAUGAAGGCUGAAGCUUCGUGGGCGUUGACUGGUCUGGCUUGUCGCCUCGCGCAAUCACUGGGCUUGCAUCGACCGAGUGUACAGGACGGGCGGGAAAGCGCGCCGCCUGAGAUCAAGGUCAAAGAGAUGAUUCGGCGGAAGCUGUGGUGGACAGUUGUCUGGCACGACACCCUUACGUCCCUGUCGUUUGACAGGUCACCGAUGACCAACUUCCCCAGCUGCCCGAUCCCCGUCAGCUCUCACGACGCCACGCCCAGCAACCUCACGUACCUCGAGACAAUGUACCAUCUCAUCGAGAUCAUCUCACGCAGGCUGAACCCUGACAUGCUUGUCAACGCCACUUACUUGCAGAUUGUGGAUAACGUUGAAGCGAUCGAGAAUCUGAGGAUGAAAGCCUGCGCCCACAUCCAAGACAAAGACAUGUGCAAGACGGCACUCGACCGGCUUCAGUACUUCGCCAUCCGCCUCCACACCUCUUUCAUCAUCUCGGUGGCGUGCCGUCCAGCCUUGCGACGAGACUGCCCUUUCGACCUUGCGCAAAGGAGAGAGCUGGCCAACAGAUGCAAGGAGAACCUCACAGAGACGGUGCGCAUGUUCCUCGCCAUGCACCAGGUGUCUGUGAUCCCCACUCGGAGCUGGGCGUUUACGUACCACGGGCUGUCGUCGGCACUGCUCCUCGGUAUUCUCUGCGAGACGAAAGCUGACCCAGAAGUACGCCAACUUCAGGGGGAUUUGAUCAAGGCGCUUUCGGCAACCGCCGCCAAGGAGGCCACGCCGGAGCCGCACGUGCAGACAACGGACAAGGACAUUGAACUGUCUGGCCCGCUAUGGCGGGCGUUGACUGCUUUGAGGAACAUUUAUGAAAACGGUACCAUUAUGGGAGCACAGCUCAAAAGGGAAGGAGAUUCGUCGGCAGGCGGCAGUGGCUCGCGUACGCCUCUCCAAGCCAUUGCGGCUGGGCAGUACGGCAUGCCUCACGGACAGUACCGCAGUUUGCCCACGGCGAAAGACCCUCGGGAGAGUGCUGCCAUGGCCAUGGCGGAGAUGCAAAACGGUGCCUCGUUGCAGGAAUUUGGCGGAAACCCGUAUGCACCGCACAUUCCAUCCAACCUCAACAUGGACAUCCUUGCUCCUGUCAACGCGGACCCGACACAAUAUAUGGCACCGAUGGACUUGUAUGAUACAAUUUGGGGUGAAUCACCCGAUCCAUGGAGCUCAAACAUGGACGCUAUGAAUUUCGACUUCCUGGCGCAACCACCGCCAGGGCAGUCCCAGCAGCAAUUCUACUUUUGACGAAUAAUGACGAUCAUGGACAACGUUUACAUGUUUAUUUGGGCAUGGUGUAGGAAUUGUGUAGCGGAGCGAUUGGGCGUUUGUACUUUGAUAGCAUGAAUCCGAUAGGAAGUCAUUGUUUGCCUUAUGGGCACGUGAAACAUCGUCAGGGCUCUCUUUGAUCAUCCAAAGCCCGUAGGCGUUCAGAUCGCGAUGGAGCGGGAGCAGAGGUUCUCACACAUCGUGCUGAACCAUCUGUCCCGCAUCGCAACACGACAAUCAAGGCUCAUCAUCCGAUGGGGGUGCUGUAAAGGGGCACG